UAUUCUGUUUGGAAGGAGGGAAAUAUGUGGUAACAGAUUUUCCCGUGGAGGAAAAGCAGUUGAGAAAGAAAAAAAAAAAAGCAGCUGCUUUUCUUCCUUCUUCUUCCACGUGUUCUUGUUUCCACAUUCAGUGACCCUCAGUUCGGCACAGGCAAAAACAGUUGAAAUUCGAAAAGAUUGAAGUUCUUCUCCCACAAGCAAUUGGUUUCCAAAGGAGUUUCUUAGGUUCGUUAGAGAAUCGAUAAUCUGCAAAAAACGAAGAAGGUUCCUUUGCGUGCGAUUUUUCCAUGGCACAGUUCACCGUACACGGUCGCCUGAAGCCCCUGCUCAACGGAGACGGAAUGUCGAUCUCCGGUUUCGAACCGAAAGCGACAUCUCCGCCCGGAAUCCACAAGCGCAGGUUCAAGUUUCAUGGUUCAAGUAGCCCCAAACUGUACGCAUCAUCCGGUAGAAAAUUCAGUCGUUUCGACGCGGAGGCCUUGAGAAGAGUGGGCAAUGAGAGAAUUCAUGACUACGACGACGAGGAUACUGAUGAGCUAGAGAGCGACGACCUCUCCUGUUUCAGAGGUUUGGUCUUGGACGUCACUUACAGGCCUGUCAAUGUUGUCUGCUGGAAGCGUGCUAUUUGUUUGGAGUUCCUGGAAAAGGCUGAUGUUCUAGAGUAUUAUGAUCAAACUGUUAACUCUCCCAGUGGAUCCUUCUAUAUACCUGCUGUAUUAAGGGUUCCACAUUUACUGCAAGUUGUCAGGAGACGAAGAAUCAAAAACACUUUAAGUCGUAAAAAUAUAAUAUUUCGGGACAGCUUCACUUGUCAGUACUGUUCAUCGCCUGAAGACUUGACCAUUGACCAUGUUCUACCUGUGGCUAGAGGAGGAAAAUGGACAUGGGAGAAUCUGGUGACUGCCUGUUCCAAAUGCAAUUCAAAAAAGGGCCAAAAAACCGUAGAGGAAGCCAACAUGAAGCUACUUAAGGUCCCCAAGGCCCCUAAAGAAUAUGACAUACUGGCCAUACCGCUCACAAACUCCUCCAUAAAGAUGUUUAUAGUGAGAAAUGGCACUCCCGAGGAGUGGCGCCAAUACCUGUCAAGGCCGACUAGAGAGCCAUGACAUCAAUCUCUGGCUGCAAUUUGUACAUAUAACAGUAACAUUCUCCUCACCUUAAUUUCUAAAUGUAUGCCACAGUCAAAUAGUUGUCCAAACGAUGCAUCCUAUGUUAAUAGCAUUCAUGUAUAUUACUGUCAGUCC